CUCAAACAGGAUGUUAUUCCGGGCCUGAUGUCUUGCUCGGGUACCUGUUUUGGCAUUUGCAACGGUCCUUGAUGCGGAUAUGGCGCAACCAGCCAAAUAACGCAACAAUAUGCGCGACUGUGCACCAUGAACACAGCAAAAAUCUUCAUUUUAAUCAGACACGAGUUGCAUCGUUUAAUCCAAAUAUUCUGGUAGUUGCUUUGAAGAGGAAUAAUGGGAGAUCUGCCAAAGAGUUUUUACUGCUUGUGUUUACAUGUCAUUGUUUCUAUGUCUUUAACUGGCUGUCUGAGUCGACCCAGCACAGGUAAUGUGGCUUUCCUUGACGCACCUGACGCGCCAGUCUCCAACUGUCCUUUACACGUUGAGUACAGCUGUUUUCAGUCGUCAGUAGUGCACGUUCAGGUUUUGGUUUCUUUCGAUACCGGAUCUACCUCAGUCGUUUUCCACAAAUACUGGACCUGUGAACCAGGACGUGCCACAACUCGAGUGGUGACCGUGAAUUUUCCUGACUGGCUUGUGUACCGAUCUGACUGGAUUAUUCGCGAUUCUGACUGGGCUCUCAGCUGUUUAUUGCGUGCUUGGAUCGGACCACAUGAGUCCACCGGACUGGACAGAUUUCCUGGAAGCAGUGUGACGGUUCCCAUCGAUAUUCUCUCACCACUGAAUCGACCCUUCAAACAGCACCAGCUUUGUGCCAAAUGGGACACAGAUUUGCUCUGGAGAAUCAGAAGACGUGACAUGCCACAGUGCCCAGAGGAAAAUGAGGUGGCAUCUCUUCUUUCCACAUUGUAUGCUUCUACUGGUGAGCGUUAUGGCAUCAUCAAAACCUUCCAGCCAUUCAGAAAUGAAGUUUUGGAACAGUACAGAGUCAAAUCCAUCUAUUACCCCUGGUUUGCUGUUUCGCUCUGGGUUUGGUUGGAGAAACCUUGCAGUAACCAUUUAUGUGGCCUUCUGCUCCACAUUGACUCUGAAAAUAAUUACGCCACCCCUACAAUGUUCCUCACUGAUGCUGGUAAGAUUCACAUUCAGGUGCAUGGAGAUGCUGGGCACUCCUCAGCGUUCCUUUCAUCUUGUAAGGUUCCUCUUCAUCAGUGGUGUCAAAUCAGCCUGGAGAUUCUGGGACGUGUGGCGAAAAUUUCUAUUGCAUGUACGGAAGGACAGCAGAAAUUUGUUAACACAGCUGAGCACAUAUUUGGCAAUAACAUCAUGUUGGAUGACACACAUGGCUAUUUUGUGGUUGGUGGAGGUAAAUUCGUACAAGGUGUUGAAGGAUAUUAUGGACCAGCUACAUACUAUCGUAUACAAGGGCUCCCAGCUGACCAGGCUGAGAUUCACCUUCCUCCUGUAAUAUCAAAUGUGAAUAUGACCGGAUGGUUUCAGUCUUGUCAGAAUUUCACAAAAGAGCUUUUCCUCAUGGCAGCAGAUCACUCUCUCACAGUAAAGAGACUGUCAGACAGCUGUUUGGACACAUACACAGAGCUGCUACUGAAUCACAGUGCAGUCAACUCAACUGAGCAAUGUAUGUUCUUCAAAACAAAUCAUUACAUUCGCCAAGUUGCACAGUUGACCAAGCUACUGUCACAGAAAUAUGGCAAAGUGAAUGCAUCAGCGGUGGGCAGGACUCUGUAUGCUCUAGUCCUCCGUAAGAUCAGUACUGCUCACAGUCUGGAUGUUAUAACCAGGAUGAUGCCUUUCCUCCUGAAUUCUGGCUGUUUGGGAGACAACAGAGCACUACAUCUGGCCUCUGUGCUGUACAGCAGUGGAUUCGGAGUCAAGAGACAGCCGUACAAGGCUUGGCUGUUGUCCCUUUUGGCAGCACAGAAGGACUGGAGGUUGGCACUCCUGCGUUUAGGGCACAUGCACCAUGUUGGUGACCUGGAGGUGACUCCUGACCGUGACCUUUCCUAUGCUUAUUACAUUAACAUCGCAAGACAAACCGGCAUAGAUCAGAAGAAUCCCUCCCCACAGCAAACUUUUGUUGAGUUAAUACGUUUAAAUGAUGAAGAGACCCUGAAGGCCCAAACCAAUGAAAACGACGAUCUGUUUUACUGGCUGAAGCUGCAGGCACGAAGCGGAGUAGCUGAAGCCGAGCAAGCAAUGGGUCGUAUGUUAUUCUGGGGUCAGCAAGGCGUGUCUCCAGACAUUCUGACCGCAGUGAAACACUAUGAGAGAGGUGCAACUAAACUCAAUGACCCUGUGUCCAUGUACGACUACGCCAUUGUGCUUCUUACGGGUCAAGGAGUUCCAAAAGAUGUACAGAGAGCCGUUACAUUCCUGAAGAAAGCAAUAGAACUGGGGUCCGUUCCCGCUAUCACCGCUCUGGGCUGGUACUACGAGCAGUAUGAGAAGGAUUACGAGAAGGCCGUACAUCUGUGGGAAGAAGCUGAUGCCAAAGGUCACGCAGACGCUGCCAUGAAUCUGGGAGUUUUCUACUCUCAGGGCCUUUAUCCUGGACAACCUGCUGACCAGUUUAUGGCGUAUAAGUACUACUUAAAGUCAGCCCAGAGAGGACACACAAACGGCGGCAUUGAACUGGCUGAUAUUUGGAUUCAUGGGAUCCCCGACCGAGUUGCCAGACGCCCAGCAGACGCUGUUCUUUGGGUUAAAUGGGCGUCUGAGCAGAAUGGAUAUCUGGGAACAGUUUUAAGGAAGGGACUGAAUGCUUAUUUCAAAGGAGACUGGAUCAUGUCUUUGAUUUAUUAUUUGAGUGCGGCAGAGAGUGGAUUUGAAGCAGCUCAGUUUAAUGUGGCGUACCUGUGUGAACUCAACUCAGCCUCUUUGGAUCCAGCGCUGGUGACUCGGUGCAUGUUAAGAUAUUAUAACAUGUCAAUACAGGCUCAGGAUCCGGCUCCUUAUGCUUUGAUCAGAAUGGGAGAUCUGUUCUAUGGCGAACAGGCUUUGGGCAGAAAAGAGGUUUCUGAUGCCGCAGAGAUGUACAAGGAAGCAGCUCUCAAGAACGAACCACAGGGUUGGUAUAAUCUUGGCCUGCUUGUCCAAAACGGAGAGUCUCUGCCAUUCAGUGUGCUUUCUGAGCUCAAUUUGCUCCACCUUCACUUAACAGACCGACAGAUGCUUCUCAGCACACUCUACCAAAGAUGUAGAGAGACCAACAGCACUGACGCCUACCUGCCCUGCACACUAGCACUGCUUAGCGCACACCUACAAUUUUUACAACUACAUCAGGAUACUGCAAUAAAGCUCAUUGCCACCGUUUCGGCAGCAGUCGGAACUCUGUCUUUUGUAUUCGGACUAAUUAAAUGGAGGACAGCACCACUCCACCAAACAUCCCAAACAUCUGCUUCCAGCCAAACACAAGAGGAAGAACAGGAGGAAUCCUAAAGAAAACUGCUAGAUAUAUUUUAUUAUUAUUUUUAAACAAAUCCUAAUAUUUUAUACGGUUUUCCUCCAUGCGAAGCAUUUGUUUACUUGUUUAAUCUUCAUUUUUGUGCUAUUAAGAUAUAGCUUGGAAUUUCUUUAUAAAAGAAGUACAAUCUUAACAUUUAACUACACACAGCAAUAUAAAAAAACAAAAAAAUAUAAUUUGUUGAGUCAACUUAAAAUAAUUUGUUACCCUGCUGCCUUACAAUUUUAAGUUCAGUCAACUCAAAUAAGAUUAGUCAACUCGAAAUAUUAAGUUGUACUAAGUAACAACUUAGAUAUUUGAGUUGACUAAAACAAAACAAACUUAAAAAGCUGGGUUUGUUUACCAGCUGCCUUACAAUUUUAAGUUGAAUCAACUCAAAUAUCUAACUUAACGUUUCAAGUUGACUUAGCUUUUUUGAGUUGACUGAACUUAAAAUUUUAAGGCAGUCAGGUGACAAAUUAUUUUAAGUUAACAAAUAGUUUUUUUUUUACAGUGCACAUAUUCAAUUUCUGUUAGAGUGGACUUAAAGGGAUAGUUCACCACACUUAAGUUACACUUAAGUUGUUCCAAACCUGUAUGAGUUUAUUUUUUUCUGUUGGGCACAAAUGUUAUAGUUGACGGUAGUACUAUACAUACUGUAGCAUUCUAUAGAAGUCAGUGGCUACCGUCAACUGUUUGAUUACCAACAUUCUUCAAAAUAUCUUCUUUUGUGUUUAACAGAAGAAACUCAGACAGUUUUGGAAUAACUUGAGGUUGAAUAAAUGAUGACGGAAUCUUCAUUUUUGGGUGAACUAUGCCCUUAAUGAUCAUUUUUAAGCAAACAACAGACUUAUUUAUAAACUAGUGAAUAUGAUGUGAAUGAAUUUCAAAAAAGUACUUUUAAAAAUGUUACAUUUCAAGAUUUUCUUCUUCCUUUUGUCAUUUUAAAUCAUUAGUGUUUCAUAAAAGGACACUUAAAAUAAAUGGUUCUAUAGAAUAAAGUAAUAUUUUUAACUUUAAUUCCUGUUGAACUUGUUGGCUUCUUGUUUCUGUCGUGUAGUUUCUUCUGAGAGUUCUUGCUAUGAGUACUCAAUGAAACUCAUUUUUCCCCCUCUUGGAGGUACGGUGCCCCAGCGGGGCCACUCUGCCUGUGUCUAAUGAAAGAGUGCGAGCGCUCCCCAGGCUUCUGCUCAGACUGAUACAAACAGCAGGUGUGCAGCAGGCUGUGAUGUGCCUACGGCCACACCGGGGCCCCGGGAACACACACCGCAGCUCACACUUAAUUAAAACAACACCAAAAAGCUGAGUAAUCCUCAGAGAAAAGGAGUGCACCACACUGUGUCAAGUGUCCAAUUAUCAGGGGACGGUAAUCUUACUGCAUUUACAGUGCAUUCAUACACUAAUGUGAUGCUUUCUGUGAGUCCCCCAUUCUGGUGCCUCGUCAUGAUUGAUGCAUUUUGUUUGUGUGUUUACUAACUUACUAAUAUACCUAAUGUAAAGAUCUUUUAUUAAAUAGUUUUUAUAAAUCGUUCAGGGAAUUCAUUGGACUCGGCACACGAUUCAAUCAAUGUAAUAGCUAAAGAAACAAGUUUUAAAGUCCUCAAUCAUCGUGAAAAAUUGCCUCUGAGCUUUCUUUCUCCCCGGCUGGCUUUUAUGUGUAAUUGCUGAACUUUAGAUGAUGUUUAUGACUUUAAAAGGCACCAGAGGAGUGCGAGAUAUUUGGCACUUUCCAGGAAUAGGGUACAAAAUGGGGCUUUCAAGUCUUAAAUGUAAGUGAAAGGAGGUGCUUAGUCUUUCAAAACUGUUUUUCAUCCAUCCUAGAAAUUUAAACUAAAUGUUAGCUUUAGUAUUGUUAUUAUUAUUUUGCAUUACCAAAUAUUGCUUUGCACAGUAGUUAUGAUGAACUGAUCACUUUUUUUUUAACCAUUAAAAUUGGACAAGAACCAAAUAAGAAUUUGACAGAACAGGGGAACAGAUGUUUAACAUGUUUUAAUUAUUAUUAUUAAAUAUAUACAUAUUUACUAUUAAUUCCUA